CACACACAACUUUUCUCUCCAAACACUCCUCUUCUCGAAUUUCCGCUUCAUUUCUCUCAAUUAACUCAACUUUUCUUAGGGAUUCUUCAAAUUGUCACUCUCAAAUCUGUUAAAUCGCUUCUCAUUUCACAAAAUGUGAACUCUAUUUAGAUUGAAGUGCUCUGAAGUUUUAAGGCAAAAGGAUCUCAAAAAUCUACAGAAAUCAGAAGUUGCUAGAAGGUUUUAAGAAGAAAGGUUCGAAGUUUGAUAAUCACUACAAGAUUUUGAUGUUUUCAAAGUUUUGAAGUUGUUCAAAGGCUUGUAAGGUCAUUUUUCGAUCAAUCUUGGCCGGAUUGUGGUCUACAUCUUUCUAGCAAACUUUGAUAUUUGUGUGUUCUUUGAUUUUCAACAUUAGAUAUUUGUACUAGCUUCACAAGGACAUGCAACUGAUGAUCUCAUAAGCUUAGUUGUAGGUCCAGAACCAUUGGUGCAUCGAUAUUCAAUAUUUAUGGUGAAUGAAUUUAGGUUCCAAACAAAAGAGCUUGUGAGAAAAACACAGAACAGUGGAGUUCUUGUGAGAGGAGAUGAUUCAGACUCUAAUAAGGAGUAUUAUGGUGUAUUAGAGGAUAUUUACAAGUUACGCUACGUUGGAAAUAGAAAAGUUCAUCUAUUCAAGUGUCACUGGUGGGAUGUGGCUCUCCUAGGAAGAGGAUAUAAGAUUGACAAAUAUGAUUUUACAAGUGUGAAUACUCAUUGUGCCUUAAAUACAAAUGAGUCAUUUGUGUUGGCAUCUCAGUCUGAUCAAGUUUUCUAUUUGAAAGACAUGGUUGACAAAGAUUGGCUCGUUGUUGUAAAGACAAAUCCUCGAGAUUUUUUUAAUAUGCCUGAAGUUGAAGAAGCAGUAAUGAAUGAAGAAGCUUAUCAACAAGAGGAAGUGGAAUGUAAUAUUUUAUGUCCCAAUGACCAUGAACCUGAUAUUCAUGUGUCUUUAUACAGGAAUGAUGUUGAAUCACAAACUGUUUUGCAUACCAAUGAUCAAGAAAAUGAGGAAGAUAAUUUCAUUAAUGACAAUCAGACAGAUGUAUCUGGGAGUGAAGAAACCGAAGAAGAGCUACUAGAUGAUGAUGAUGGAGAAGACAGUGAUGAAUACUUUUGAUGAUUGAGAAACAAAGACUACUGAAAUAGAUGUUUAACUCUUGUUUUGAUAAGUUCUCUAUAUUUUGUUCUUAUUGGGCUGACAUGAAAUUAAUUCAUGACAUUUGUAGCUUUAACUUUGUAAAUAGAAUCAGCGUUUUAAGUAGAAUCAAUGAUUUACAUUUCCAUCAAUGAAACAAUAGUACUUGUUAGUAAA